AUGGGGGAGACCGGAGAAAGCAUCGGCGGACGCGGCCGCCGCCGUAGGGGCACCAGAUCCUCACUUCAGCGUGGAGGCGACGGUGCUGCUGGAGCCAAUGGCGACAAGGGCAGCGGAUCUGCACGGGAGAGCGUAGAAGGCGACGCUGGCGGCACCCACGACGACAAGGGCAGCAGAUCUGCACGGGAGCGCGAACAAGGCGACGCCGGCGGCGCCCACGGCGACAAGGGCAGUGGAUCUGCACGGGAGCGCGUACAAGGCGACGUUGGCGGCGCCCACGGCGACAAGGGCAGCGGAUCUGCACGGGAGCGCAAACAAGGCGACGCCGGCGGUGCCAGCGGCGACAAGGGCAACAGAUCUGCACGGGAAAUUCCUGCGGGUGUUAAUGAAAGUCAGGAACAAGCAAACAAAAUAGGUGAUCCAGUUGUGGAGGAGGCAUUGCCUGAUGCACCAGAUACAGAUGCUGAUGAGAUGCAAGAGGAUCAUGAAAUGGGAGAUUUUGAAGAUGCAGAUGAGGACAGACCUGUCAUGAUGUAUGACAGGGAAAAUCCAUCUAUUGAGGAAGGUGUGGUCUUCCCUUCUGCAGUUGAUUGCAGAAAUGCAGUUGCAACCUACUCAAUCAAAGCUGAAACUGAGUUCUCUAUUCUGAAAAGUGACCCAACUAGGUUUACUGUCAAAUGUUCUUAUGACAGGUGUAAAUGGAGGCUACAUGCCUCUUUAAUGAGGAGGAGCACAAUGUUUCAGAUUAAAGUGAACCAACACCAGCAUACUUGUCCUAGUGUCAACAGAUCUCAGAGAUUGAGAGCUGCAAAAAGGAGGUGGAUUGCAUAUGCAUCUAUGCCCUGGAUCAGAAAAAAUCCAUCUAUUGGUCCUAAGGAAAUUCAGAUGAAGUUGCUAGAGAAGUAUGGUGUGGAGGUGCCAUAUGACAGGUGCUACAAUGGCAAAGAGAUGGCACUGGACAAAAUAUAUGGCAAGUAUAGUGAUAGUUUCCAACUUCUUUAUUCUUUCAAAGCUGAAGUGGAGAGGGCAUCACCAGGCAGUCUAGUAGAAAUUGACAGGCACACAGUUGAGUAUCAGAUUAAAGGCAAGAAGUAUUACAAGGAGUGUUUUAGAAGAGUGUUUGUUUGCUUCAAAGCUUGUCAGAAGGGUUUUCUGGAGGGGUGCAGGCCAUACCUGGCUGUAGAUGCUACAACAUUGAAUGGUAGGUUUAGAGGGCAGCUUGUAGCAGCUUGUGCACUGGAUGGCCACAACUGGUUGUUUCCAGUUGCUUAUGGUGUUCUAGAAGUGGAGUCUACUGAGAGUUGGACAUGGUUUUUCACAAACCUGAAGAAAAUGGUAGGUCAUCCAGAAGGUUUAGUGAUACAUACUGAUGCUUGCAAGGGAUUGGAAACAGCAGUUGAUGAUAUGUACCCUGGAGUGGAACAUAGAGAGUGUAUGAGACACUUGGCUCAGAAUUUCAGUAAGAAAUUUAAGGGAAAGUUCUUUGAUGAUAACUUAUGGCCUUGUUCACUAACCUACAGUAUCAAGAAGCAUAAUUAUCAUCUGAACCAGCUCAAAAGCAAACCCAAAGUUAAGGAAUAUCUGGAGGAGCACCACACAAAAAUCUGGGCAAGAGCAGAGUUCAAUGAGAUGUGCAAGGUUGACUAUGUGAACAACAACCUUGCUGAAUCAUUCAACUCAAGAAUCAGGAAAUACAAGAGUCUUCACAUAGUUGACUUGUUAGAUAAGAUUAGGCAAUACAUCAUGGAGAAAUUUGACUUAAGAAACAGAAUUGCCACUGGCCAUUUCAUUGGGCACAACAUCAUACCAGCAAUAAUGAAGGUUUUGAUGGAGAAGACAAAAGGUUUGGAGAUGAGUAUAGUUAGGAGAAGCCCAACAGAGGCUGAGGUGACUGCUACUGACAGAGAGAAAAUAGAAUGGAGAGGUGAAGCUAGUGGAAUAGAUCAGUAUGUCCACAAAUAUUACUCAGUUGAGAUGUUUAGAGCAACUUAUGCUGACAAUCUACCAGCUCUAGAAGGCAAACAACAGUGGGACUGUGUAGAUCCAGGAUUCAAGCUGUGUGCUCCUGUUCAGAACAGACCACCAAGAAGACCAAGAAAGCAGAGGAUAAGAUCUACCAGUGAAGGAAAGGGUCUUGGUCCUAGGAAGUAUAAGUGCAAGAGAUGUGGAAGAUGUGGACACAAAACCAAAGGCUGCAAAGAAUCUGUUGAUCCAGCCUUUAGAGAAGAAGAACAUUGGGGAGCAGAUAAUGCAGAUGAUCAUCCAACAGCUAAUGAGCCAGCAGAAGCAGAAGUACAAGAUGAGGAGGAGGCUGAAGAGCCAGAAGUUGAUGUUCUUCAGUAG